CCACUUUCAAAGCUAAGAGAACAUGUGAUAUUUAAAAACUUUUUCUAAUUUUUGAAAAAAAAAGUUUUACAAUCGAGAAAGGAGCAAACAUGCUGCUGGGAAUGUUUCAAAUCACCCUAGCCAUUUUGACUCUGUCGAUGGGCCGAAUCAGUGGCCUAGAGUUGAGGGAAAGUGAUCCAAAGUUGGUUAAAAUCGAUGCGGCGCACGAAUGGAAUAAAAUUUCAAGGAGUGCCUCAAAGUUGACCGAAGACAGUGAUGCUGAUAGUACGAACAUGAAUCUUGCUGAAGGUGGGAUCGAAAAGCGUGACGAGCCGAAGUAUGUGUCCAAACAGAAAUUUCAUAACUGGGGCGGAAAGCGGAGCGUGGGUCGAGUCCGUAGGCAUCCGAAGGUCGUUAUCGAGAUCCCAUACAGCGCCAGGAAUGGAAAAAGCGAUCAGAGCCCGAACUAGCCAACCAUCAACGUCCGUGGACUCCAGAAGAAUCCAUUUGUCUAUCGUCAUGAAAACUUGAAGGGACGAUAGCUUUUAUUUGGUUGACUUAAUUUGGUUCCUAUUGCAUCAAAUAGAUUAGUUGUCAGAGCAUUUUUUUAGUUUCGUUCAAGCAAAAAACAAAUUAAAAUAUAUAGGAUGAUACAUGCAAACUAAGUCUUG